CAAAUAAGAGGCGUAUCUACAACUGACAGGAGCUACUGAGAUCUGAGGUAACUCUGGCAACUGGAGACAUGCACAGGCAUGGGGAAGUCUAAGCAUGCAGAUAAAACCUGUUUUAUCCACACCCAGCUCAGAGACAAAACAGCUUCACAUAGCGAGAGCAGCACUGGAUCUCUGAGCAGCUGCCUUCCCAAAACCUUCACCAUGUUCCUCGCUAAAGCUUUGCUGAGUGGAGGAAGUGGUAGUGGUCAUGGAGGAAGCCUUGCACGUGGCCUUGGAGGCCUCCUAACUGGAGGUGGACGUGGAGGAAAUCUUGGAGGACUUGUUGGAGGUCUCGUCAAUCUUAUCAGUGAAGCAGCAGCUCAGUAUAAUCCAGAGCCACCUCCACCUCCUCACCACCAUUUGACAAACGUGGAAGCUUAUGAGAGUGAGGAGAUCAGACACUUCCGUCGCCUUUUUGCCCAGCUGGCUGGAGAUGAUAUGGAAGUGUGUGCCACGGAGCUAAGGGACAUCCUGAACAAAGUGGUUUCCAGGCACCAGGAUUUGAAGACAGAUGGUUUCAGCUUAGACACGUGCCGCAGCAUGGUAGCUGUCAUGGACAGCGACACAAAUGGCAAACUGGGCUUUGAAGAGUUUAAAUAUCUGUGGAACAACAUCAAGAAAUGGCAAUGCGUGUACAAGCAGUAUGACACCGAUCAGUCAGGUACUAUUGGGAGAGCUCAGCUGCCAGAUGCCUUGAAGGCUGCAGGGUUCCACCUGAAGGAAGAACUCUGCCAGGUAGUCGUGCGCAGAUACGCCAAUGAGGACGGCAGCAUGGAUUUCAACAACUUCAUUAGCUGCUUGGUACGACUGGACAGCAUGUUCCGGGCCUUCAAGUCCCUGGAUCGAGAUGGAAAUGGACGCAUCAAAGUGACCAUUGAAGACUGGCUGCAGCUGACCAUGUAUUCAUGAAGGCAUGGCAGAGAAGGAGCUUUGUCUGGAAGAUACACAUGGAAGACCACAAUCCUGUACAAUUACACUGUAGCCUUUUCCUUCUUUUAAGGCAGAUAUAGCUAGUGAUAGCUCAGCUUAAAGUGAUGUUAUUCCUCUUCUGCAUUCAUUAGUCUGCUCUUCCAAAGGGUUUGUGUAAAUUGUGGGUUGGACAUCUGCAUAAGUCUGUCUCAAAACUCUCUGUAGACUCUGAAGUGAGGGAAUGUGUUGAAGGAUCAAAGCAUAGUUAUUUCUUCACAUAAAGUGGCUUG